AUGUCAGGGGACUUCAAUUUUCCUCCCAGUCAAGAUUUCGAACUCUCUGUCGCUACCAGUAAACCAGGUGGCAAGAACUUUGGUUAUUCGAAGCCUAGUUUACCAGUUAAACAACCCAUGUCCGCUUACGUUGACUUUAAUCCAUGGUACGAGAGAUGGAAUCGCCUCAGUGUGGAUGACAAGUGCGAACUGAAAGAUAUGGCAGCAUUUAAGUCUGCGUGGUAA